GAUGUAAAUAUAGAGAUUUCCUACAAUUGGUGAAUGGACUGAAAAAGUUUAUAAAUAUUAUAUUCUUAUAUUUUUAGAAAACAAAUUCAUUUAUCGAAGAAAAGUUAAUCAUUCGAAAUCCUGAAGAAUUGAAAUCCAAAAUAGAAAAGAUGAUAUCUGAAGGUGCUAAGUAAAUGCAAAUUGUGACUGAUUUUGAUUAAACAAUAUCUUCUUUUCUAAGUCCUGCUACAUUUAGCUUGUUUAGGUUUACAUUAAAAAUAUAAUUAUAGAAUGUCAGAAUUAUCACCUUAGGAUUUCAAAAAUAAAAUGUAAUCUUAUUAUGAUUACUAUGUUCCAAUUGAAAAGGAUUAGAGUAUAAAAAUUGAGGAAAAGAAUAAACAUAUGCAUGAAUGGUAUUAGAAAGUAUCUGAAGCAUUUCAUGAAGCUAAAUUCACAAAAUCUUUAUCAUGUUAGAUAUUAAACACUUCACAUAUUUAUUUGAGAUAUCUUUUCGAACCAUUCUUUAAUAAAUGUGUAGAAGAACAUGUUCCAUUUCACAUUGUCAGUGGUGGACUUGAUAGAGUGAUAAAUACAAUUUUAUCAUCUAUUCAUGAAAUUGACACUUAUGAUGAAAUGACAUUGCAUACAAAUUAAAUGCUUUUUUAAGAUGAUACCUUAGAGAAGAUGGAGAUGUUAGUAACAGCAACCACUAAAGCCAAAAUAUUAGAAACCUCUGGAAUUCAAUUUAGAAAUAAUACUAUUUUAUUAGGAGAUUUACCAAGUGAUUUUUAUAUGACUAAAUUCCUAAAUAUUCCAAAUUAAGUGAGUAUAGGAUUUUUAGCAUAGGAUCAUGCUUAGUAUAUAUAUUCAUUUAUAAAUUAGUUAAUUGGAAGAAUAUAAGAAAUUAUAUGAUAUCACUAUAAUUGGUGAUCCUAGUUUCUUAGUUCCAUUAGUAUUGUUAUCCAAAGUCAUGGGAUAUCCAUUAUCAGAAGAAUAAACUUAGCUUUUCAAUUCAAAAAAUUAUGAUGAGCUUCGUAAACUCUUUUGAU